AUGGCCUCGGUACCACCGCGGCAGUCGCCCCGAAGCAUAUCACCUACCAGUCAACGACAAUAUCCACCCGAGACAUCCUCUCCAGAUGAACACUUCGCGGCAUCCAUGAUAUCCGAAGAUUCUCAGACUGUCCUUCUGGACAAUCCUAUUCCUAAAACCAAAGACGAGAAUUCCACAGAAACAUCGCAGCCUCACCGCCCGCCUGCGCCUUCCCGUUCCUCCACGCUCAGCAUAAAAAAAUGUUGGAUCUGUAUAUGCGACUCCACCGAAGAUGAUCCUACACACCCUCCACAAUGGCGAUCGCCGUGUACUUGCAAUCUUACCGCUCAUGAGGCAUGCCUGCUGGACUGGGUUGCAGAUCUGGAAAAUCCUAGAAGCAGACGUGGUGGCGGACCACCCAAGAAGAUUCAAUGUCCACAAUGCAAAUCCGAGAUCAAGAUCGCAAGACCGAGAAGUUUGGUUCUGUCUGGCGUGAAAGCAUGGGAACGAUUGACAGGCACCUUGACUCUGCCUGGAAUGGCAGGAGUUCUUGGUACUACCAUCUGGGCGGGAUGCUUCUACCACGGAUUACACUCCGUGCGUGUGGUUUUCGGUGAAAGAGAGGCUAUGCAACUGUAUGCACGAGCCAACCGACAUUGGGGCUGGUUGUCCGCAUAUGCUCUUAUUCCGGUGAGCUUGAUCGCAGCACGGACGCAUUACGCAGAUUUCGUGCUACCUGGAAGCACGAUAUUCCUUUUUGCCACACAGCUCAGCGAGAAGUUUGCCAUUGAUUGGACUAUUUGGCCACCUCGACCGAGCACAGUGUUUGGCUGUCUACCUGUGGUCCGGAACUGCUACAACUAUCUCUACGAAAAAGCUUUUGGCAACCUCAACAGGAAAUGGCUGCAAGAGAUCCAACCACGGCACGGGCAAGAUGGCGAAGGCAAUGAAGCAGAUCACGCCAAUGACGCGGCCGCAGCGGUUGAUGAUAUAGCAGAUGGUGAUGUGGUUCUGGAACUCAAUCUCGAGAUAGGAGUAGAAGAUGAUGAAGACGAAGAACAGCCUGAACAGCAGCAGCAGCAGGGAGCUAGGCCUGAUGGACAGCCCGGAAAUAGGGAAGAGGUACAACCUGCAGCGGCAGAAAAUGCCCCCCCUGUAGCCAACCAAGCAGCCAACAACAACCCUCCCGCCAAUGCCAAUGCAAACCCUGGCCCCGCACCCCAGCCUGCCCUCCUAAACCGCCGCCCCAACGAGAUCUUAACCGAUACAUCCUCCGUCUUCCUCACCACCCUCGGCGCCCUUCUCUUUCCCAGCAUCGCGGCCGGAAUGGGCGAGCUUCUCCACCACACCCUCCCCUUAUCACUCGUGAAACCCUCCUCGAGCUUCACAUUCUUCCGGAACAGCGGCCGGGAACGGCUUUUGCGGACGAAGUGGGGCAGGAGCGUGGUGGGCGGGUGUCUGUUUGUGGUGCUCAAGGACGCAUUGGUGCUUUAUGUGCGGUGGAUGAUGGCGAAGAAUCAUCGGGGGAGGAAGAUCAUGGAUUUCGAUAAGGGGAGGAAGGAGGACAGGGGCACAUUGCAUGGCUUGCGAUGGGGCACCUGGAGGGAGUUGGGUGCUCACAGAAGCGCUUAUGAUACCACGAUGCUUCCUGGUGGGCUCUUCGAGCAUAAUCUAGGUGGUUAG